AUGUUGUCGCAUCAUAUUUUUUAUCUUUUUCUAUCAAUAAUACAUUUCUCAAAUGGUCAAUCAACAAUUCGAAUUGGAAUUAUUGAUGAUAAUUAUGAUCAUACAGAUUUUAUUAAUAUAAAAGUACCCAAUGUAACUUUUUGUGGUCGUAAAGGUUUAAAUUUACAAUUACAUUGGUUAAAUACAUUAGAUUCUUUACCUAAUCUUAUCAAUACACUUGAAUAUGAACAAAAUUUUACAAAUAUUUAUUUAACACGUACAAUUAACUUUUAUACAAAUUUAAUUCGUGAUUUUUGUCAAACAAAUCAUAUUCCAUUUAUUAAUAUGAAAUCAUAUGGAAGUAAAACAAUGACAUGUUCAACAACAACAUCAUUUAGUCAAGAAUAUUUUAGUACGCCUGAUAUUCUUCAAGUAUUAAUUAAUUAUUUAAAAUAUAAUCAUGUACAACAAGCCAUCUAUUUAUAUGAUAAUAAUGAAGCUGCACAUAGAAUAUAUGAACUACUAGAAUUAAUGAAUAAAGAUGAAUAUUAUAAUAAUUUUUCAUUAGAUAUUCGAACAACACUUUAUCGAGAUGUUUAUUCAAUGUUAUAUGAUAUUGAAGCAAGUUCUUUACAAAAAGAUCAAUUAGCAAGUUAUAUUUUACUUGAUUUUCAUUCAUAUGAUGCUUAUGAAAGAAUGUUUGAGAAAAUUUCACAUAUGGGACUUACAAGUGAUUUUUAUCAAUAUAUAAUAGUAUCAACAUUUGAUGUUUGUUUAUGGAUGAAUAAAAUUGAUUUUCCUGGUCAAUUAAUUUAUUUUGAUUAUCAACAAGAUGAUUGUACUUUUUAUUCUCAAUCAUCAUCAAAUAUCUAUGAAAAUUCAUUAUCAUCUACAAAAUUAAUUCGUUAUAAAUCAUAUUAUCGAACAACAUUAUCAUUUCGUAAUAAUCCUAGUUUUUCAAAAUCAUUAAAUUCUAGUAAAUUAUUAUUAAAAAAUUCUUCAUUAUUAUUGAAUGAUACAAAUAUAAAAUUAAAUUUAUGUUAUAAUAAAAUUAAUAUCAAUGAAAAAUAUAUUUCAUAUUCAUAUUUUAAUUCACAAUUAUCUGAAUUAUUAGAAAUUUAUUCACGUACAUUAUUUGAUGCAUUAAAUUUAAUAAUACGAAUACUUACUUCAAAUAUAAUUGAUUGUAAAACAUAUCGUUUAAAACAAAAUAAAAAAAUACAAUUUAAUCAUUGUGAUUUUACUUAUGUUAAUGUAUUUUCAACACAAAUAUCAUCAUUAAAUCAAUUUAAAAAACAAAUUCAACUUAUUGGACGUUAUUCAACUAUAAAUAAUCAGUAUCAAUCAUGUCAUAGAAAUAAAAAUAAAGAUUUAUCUUUAAUACAAAAAUCAUUUCAAUCAAAAAUUUAUUAUAUAACUAGUUUAUUUGAUGAACCUUUUCUUAUGUUACGUAAACGAACUGAUCUAUAUAUUAAAUAUAGUCAACCACAUGCAAAUUUAAAAGAAUUACGAGGUCGUAUAUUUGAUUUUCAUCAAUUAGAAGGUUAUUGUGUUGAUUUAGCAAAAAAAGUUUGUUCAACAUUAAAUAUAACAUGUCAAUUUCGUAUUGUACCAGAUGGACGUUUUGGAAGUAAAAAUAAAUCAACAGGUAUUUGGGAUGGAAUGAUUGGUGAAGUAAUAUAUCGAAAAGCUGAUAUGGCUAUAGCACCGUUAACUAUUAGUCAAAUACGUACGGAAGUUGUUGAUUUUAGUACACCAUUUAUGAAUUUAGGUAUUUCUAUUAUGAUUAGUAAACCUGAUGCAGAAAAAGCAGGUGUAUUUUCAUUUAUGAAUCCCGUAUCAAUGGAAAUAUGGUUAUGUUUAUCAUUAGCAUAUUUUGCUGUUAGUGUUAUACUUUUUUUAACAUCACGUGUUGUUAAUUCAGGUUGGCGACGACGUGUUGUACGACGACCAUCAUAUCGUUCAUUUUCAUAUCCAAAAAGUGUUAAUGAUCGACGUAAAAGUUUGAUUGAAUUACAACGUCAAAAUCGAGAUUCAAUUCUUUCGGAACAUUCAAAUGAUUUACCAAUUAUAACAAGAUCAUCAAUAAAACAUCGAUAUCAUAAUCGUAUACCAUCUCCAAAUCAAAAUUUAUCAAAUUUGAAUAUAAAUAAAAAUCGAACAAAGAAAGAAUCAAAACAAAAUACGGUUCAUUUAUUUGGUAUUUCUAAUGCAUUAUUUUUUUCAUUUGCAUCAUUUAUGAGACAAUCAAUUAAUCUUGUACCAAAAUCAUUAUCUGGUCGAAUUGCAGCAAUAUCAUGGUGGUAUUUUUCAUUAAUCUUUGUUUCAUCUUACACAGCUAAUCUUGUUGCAUCUUUAACUAUCGAAAAUUUAGUUCCACCAAUUAAAGGUGUUGAAGAUCUUGUUAAACAACAAGAAAUAAAAUAUGGUUCAGUAAAAAAUGGAACAACAUCAGCUUUUUUUGAAAAAUCAAAUAUAACAGUUUUUCAAAAUAUGUGGACUGUAAUGCAAAGAAGUUCAUCGGAAGUAUUCGUUGCAACAAAUGAUGAAGGUGUAGCAAAAGUACGAAAUUCAAAAGGAAAAUAUGCAUUUUUUAUUGAAUCAACAAAAAAUGAAUAUGUGAAUGAAAGAUAUCCAUGUGAUACAAUGAAAGUUGGUUCUGAUCUUGAUUCAAAAGGUUAUGGAAUUGCAACAAGAAUAGGUUCUGAUUUAACAGAAGCAAUAAAUUUAAUUACUACUGAUUUAAAAGAAUCAGGAUUUUUAGAUAAACUUAAACAAAGUUGGUGGUAUGAACGUUCCGAAUGUACACAAGUUAAUAAAGAUAAACGUUUUGAUAAAUUAAGCCUUUCCAGUGUAACUGGUCUUUUCUAUAUAUUUCUAUUUGGUAUUAUUCUAUCAUGUUUUAUUGCGUUUACAGAAUUUUUAAUAACAGCUAAAAAUGAAUCAGAAACAUUACAUAUUGAUUUUCGAGAAAUUCUUCGAAUAAAAAUGGUUGAAAAUAUGAUUGGUAUGACAAUUAAUAAACAACGACAAUUGGAAUGUGAUUCUGUUGAUCAUGAAUAUAAUUAUCAAUAUCAUAAUGAAGAAGAUGAAAUAAUCAAGCAAUAUACAGACUAUCAAUUGCGUAAACCACAAAGUGAUGUUUAA